AACCACAACAAGGAAGAGUUACCAUGGCAACACGGUACAUCACAACCCUUCAACCCAACAACAACAACUAAAUUAGUAACUGUGACUCUGCUUAUUACUCGUGACUUAUACAACAAAAGUAUAUAUACAUCGUAUCAGUGGCCUAAUAUAAGCAAGAACUAAUAACGUAUAACAGUAAUUUAUAUCAAGGUUACGUUGCUGGAAGAUGCUGUUAUGUGUUGGUCCAGAAGGUACAGGCAAAACUCUUCUCCUGAGAAGACUUGCAAACUUAACUAAGCCUGAUAUUUCCCUGACAACUGUUCCAACUGUGGGAUUAAACAUUGCUACUAUUCAGCAAGAACCAGAAAUGCCACCAAUCAACAUACGUGAACUUGGGGGAAGUAUGUCUCCAAUUUGGCCCAGUUACUAUAACGGUGUGAGGAAGAUAAUGUAUGUGGUUGAUGCAGUCAAUUUAACGCAGCUGGGUGAAGCUACACUACUGCUGAUGGAUCUCUUAGCUCACCCAAAACUGAGGACAGCACAGGUGGCGAUAGUGUUGAACAAAACAGACAGUGCUACGAGUCGUGGCGUAAAUGAACUGCUGAAUGUGAUGCGCAUUGACAACCUUAAAGAGUAUGCUCCACAGCAGCUUUUGACUUUUGAAGUUAGUGCACUUGCUGGCAAAGGUCUACGGCCAUUACUGAAGUGGAUUAAAGGGGAAAAAUAAUAUUUUGUUUUAUGUGGAAAGAUCCUAGAGAGGACUUUGUAUGCACAUGUAUGUAUGAAUGCAUGUAUGAGUGUUUAUAUAUUUUUUACACUAAGGUAGGGUGACUCAAAAAUAAAAGUAAACUCAUUCAUUCAAUCAAUUUUGCCAAAGUGUGCUGACAUAAAAAUUCAGAUGAACCAUCAACUUCGAAGUCCCCACCAUUCCUAUUCCCUAAGGUGUUGUGGCCCCUAGUGGUUUAGCUCUCCCACAAAAUAAAAUUGUUCAUGAAAAGUGACAUCACUAAAUUUAUGGGGAGCACUAAACCCAAAGGGAUCACAGUGCCAGGAGGGGGGGAGGAUAAGAGUCGGGUUCCAUCCAUGGAUUUGGAGGAUGAGUAAUUUUUUUGGAUCAGUAGCCCUGUGUUGAUGUCAAGGAACCUCCCUAAAGGAGAUGGAAAGGGCAAAACCCAUACGGGUCAUUCAGCUUUCCUUCCUAUCAACCAGUGAAGGCUGAUAAUUUAGCGUGCUUUCAAUUUUGAAGCUCCAACACUUCACUAUAAAUAACUGGCAAUGUACUGACGAAAAUCUUACUAUACCAGUAUUUAUUUUAAAUUACCUGCCCCUUGAUGGAAGCUCCUUGAAGCUGACAAGGGGCUCUUGAUGUGUGGAAUUGGAUCUGCCUUUCCCUUCCAUGGUCCUUGUCAGUUUAGCACUUUCUUUGAUUAUAAUAAUAAUAAU